UUUUUUUUUUUUUUUUUUCCUCGGCUGCUCACAGCUGAACCGAGGCUCGGUCUGCAGGCAGAACCACGGCAGCUCCGAACUCACUGCUCUCCUCUUCGCUCUCCUCAUGCGGAGCUCCGCGGCAGAGAGCUCCUGUCAGGUCGAUCUCGUGGACAAAGACGCGGCGGCGCUGGCGGCCAUGAUGGAGCAGAAGCCGUGCAUCGAGUACCACGACCUGGAGGCCGCCGAGGCGCUCGUCAGCAUGAGCUUCUGGUGUCAGCGGCCCCCGAAGCCCCGCCCACUGACCCCCACCUCAGACUCCUGCGACUCCAUGCAGCUCCAGCAGGAGGGAGGCGACGCUCCCAAAGACAUGGUGGCGCUGUCCUCGCUGUGCAUGACUCCGCCUCACAGUCCGAGCUUCGCCGAGGCGUCCACCACCACUGUCCUCACCACCACCUCCGCCCUAAGCCCCGCCUCCAGGCAGCUCCUGCUCCGCCCCACCUGCCCCCCGCUGCCUUGCUCCUCCCCCGUCUCCGCGGAGAUCUCCACACCUCCUGCCGAGUCCUCCUGCAAGGCGAUGGCCACCAGCGUCAUCCGCCACACCGCCGACAACCUCGGCGUUCCCGCGCCGCCGCCCGCCGCCUCCACGCCGCCUCAACCGAAAACCCCAGAGUCGCCUCCCGUGGAGAAGAACGCGCCUCCUCCAUCCUCGCCGGUGCAUUCUGCUUCGCCGUCUUCCUCUGCGGUUCCCUCCUCUCCGGUUCUGUGUCAGGUCUUCCCCGUCACCAGCCAGACGGGAAUGAUUUCGGCCUUCGUGCAGGCGCCGGUUCAGGUACAGACUCAGUGUGGACCCAAGCCCAUCCUGCCCCAGUCCCCGCCCCCUACCUUCACUCAACCCCUGCUGGUUGGCUCCGCCGUGCCGCAGGGGGCCGUCAUGUUCGUGGUGCCCCAGGGACCCAUGUCACAGACGGCGCAGGGCCCCCAGACUGUAAUGACCCUGGGCAACACCAAGCUCCUCCCCCUGGCCCCCGCCCCGGUCUAUAUGCCGUCGGGAAGCGGCGGCGGCGCCUCACAGGCGGACUUCUCCCGCAGACGGAACUACGUGUGCACCUUCCCCGGCUGCAAGAAGACUUACUUCAAGAGUUCACACCUGAAGGCUCACCUGCGCACCCACACAGGUGAAAAGCCGUUCAGCUGCCACUGGGAAGGCUGCGACAAGCGGUUCGCCCGCUCCGACGAGCUUUCCCGCCACCGCCGGACGCACACGGGCGAGAAGAAGUUCGUCUGCACCGUGUGCGAGCGCCGCUUCAUGCGCAGCGACCACUUGACCAAACACGCUCGGCGGCACAUGAGCGCCAAAAGGGCGUCGUCGUGGCCCACAGAACCCAGGGACCUCGCGAAAGGAGCCGCGCCCAAGGGCCAAAACAAGGGCCCCACACUUCCUCUUGGCAUGCUGGUCCCUACCGCCAACUGAGCGGCGCAGGGCCACCUCAGGACUCCAAGGGUCAGCUCCAUCAGGAGCGUCUUCAGGCCCCCCGUCUACGUUUACAAGACAUCAGAACAGGGUCCGAACAUCCUGGCGAACUCAGAUCAAGAACUUCCUGUAAAGACGUCCGUCCUCGUUUGUGACGGAAGGAGCUCCGCAAUCCUUUAAUCAGACCGGAGCGCCGCUCCGUCUACGCACCACGGUCACUCAAGACGUUUUUAAAAAAAUAUUCGUACAAGAUCCGAGUGCUGCCAUAACCCGGACACACAGCUUUUCCGCUCUACUCAGGACAUUUAACCACCACAACCACAAAACUCACUGCAAAGGGAAGGAGAAGGACACGAAGGCUGCUACUCAUCCACCAACAGAAACCAACAAAAACCUGACUUUGCACUGGAUUUUUAAAAAAUAAAAAUCUUACCUGUUUUUAUACUAUCUCCAUGUACAAUGUUUACUUCAUGUGUAUAUGUCACAUUUAGCAAAAUGUAUGCACACGGUUUAUUGUUUGCCAAAGCUUCUGUAUCGUGCUUCUGUUACUAGCCGACUUCUGUUUGUUUGACUGUACAUAUUGUAAAUAUACUGAUAUCUUUAUGAAUGUUACAUGUAUUCCAGUCUCCAUUUAUUGACAAUACAAUUUAUUGAUAUUUUUAAAAAUGUCAGUGGACAGUAUUCAUCACUGUGAUACUACCUAUAUUUGCUUUAUUCAUUAUUAUUAUUAUUAUUAUUAUUUUUAUUUAACAUUCUUUGUUGAAGAAAAGUGCUGUUUUUAAUAUCUUGAUUUGGCCCAUAGUGUAGCCAGUAAGAAUACCUCAUGUUCUUAAAUGUUAUUCUUAACAAUAACAGUUUAUAUCAGAGUAAUCCCAUUUCCAUACAUUUGUUUGUUGACCACAGUGAACAAUAUAGCUUUUAUAAUAAAACUUUACAGUGAAA